AUGCCUCCUCUCAAAUCUUGGCUCCGUAUCCCUCCUAAUAGCGACUUCUCUAUCCUCAAUAUCCCCUUUGGAAUCAUCACCUCCCGCCAUUCCCAAACCAUCCAUCGACCAGCCAUCCGCAUUGGAAACCAUGUCUUGGAUCUCCUCGCCUUCUCUAAAUCAUCGGGGUUUCAAAAACUUCCUUCCUUCAAAGAUCAUCUCUCCGUUUUCGAAGAACCAAAUCUUAAUGCCUUCGCGGCUUUAGGUCAACCUGUGCAUCGCGAAGUUAGAAAAUAUAUUCAAGAGGUUUUUAAGGAGGAUACGCCGUAUCCGGAAUUGUUGAAGGAUAAUGAGGAGGUUCAGAGGGAGUGUUUGUUGAAAGAGGGGGAUUGGAAAAAUCAUCUGCCAAUGAGAAUUGGUGAUUAUACGGAUUUUUUCGCGGGUAUCAAUCAUGCUAGGAAUGCGGGGACUAUGUUUAGAGGGGCAGAAAAUGCACUUCAACCAAAUUAUACACAUGUACCAAUUGGAUAUCAUGGUCGCGCCUCAUCCGUUGUCGUCUCCGGAACUCAGAUUACACGUCCAAAUGGUCAAAUAAUACUCGAUCCGAAGGCUCCUGGUCCUAAGAAACCUAUAUUUGGACCUUCUAGACGACUUGAUAUUGAAUUAGAACUUGGAUGUUUCUUAUGCACGGGAAAUGAACUCGGAGAACCUAUUAAAGUUACCAAAGCUGGAGAAAACAUCUUCGGAUAUGUCCUCAUGAAUGAUUGGUCCGCGAGAGAUAUCCAAAAUUGGGAAUAUGUCCCAUUAGGUCCAUUUAAUGGGAAGAAUUUCGCAACGAGUAUUAGUCCAUGGAUAGUUUUACAAGAUGCCAUUGCACCUUUCCGAACUGCUAAAUUAGAGACGGAAAUUUCGAAAUCGGGUGAUUUGCUGGAGUAUUUAAAAGAAGAUAAUAAUAAUACCGGUUUGGAUAUUCGUUUGGAAAUUGAUCUUACAACGCCAGAUGGAAGCACAACUACGAUUGGGAAAGUUAAUGCGAAGAAUUUGAUAUGGAGUUUUGAGCAAAUGCUCGCCCAUCAUAGUAGUGGUGGGUGUAAUAUGCGCACGGGGGAUUUGUUGGGUAGUGGGACGAUUACGGGGGAGGGUGAUCAGGAAAUGGGUAGUUUACUUGAGAUGUCCUGGGGUGGAUCGAAGGAUAUUUGGUUGGUGGGUAUGGAGACGAGAAAGUUUUUGAAGGAUGGUGAUGAGGUUUGUUUGAGGGGUACUUGUGGGGGUGAGGAGGGGGGUUUGGUCGGUUUUGGUGAGUGUAGGGGGAGAGUGGUUAGUGCGAAAAGAUACAAAUGA